CUCACCCCUCAUAGACACUUGAAUUUGACUCUUUCUAUUCUUCUUGUUGCUCAAAACAACUUUCUUUUUUUGUUCAUAUCAUUAUGGCUCAAGCACUGUCCUUAUCAACUACUUCACCUCUGCUGUACCAAAAAGGAGGGUCCUCUGCUAAACCACACAAUGCUAUUGCACCCUGCUUGGUCUCCUUUCCAUCAAGGAGACAAUUGCCAAGAUUAGAAACGGUGAGAGCUCAAGCUAAUGGUGAUAACAAAGACAAUUCUGUUGAAGUGCAUGUUAACAAGGGAGAACAAGGAACCGCAGUGGAGAGAAAGCCUCGCAGAGUUGCCAUGGACAUGUCACCAUUUGGUCUUUUGGAUCCAUGGUCACCAAUGAGGAGCAUGCGCCAGAUACUGAACACAAUGGAUCGAAUUUUCGAAGAUAGCAUGGCACUCCCCGGAAGAAACCUGGGAGGAGGGGAGAUCCGUACCCCUUGGGACAUCAAAGAUGAAGAGAAUGAAAUCAAAAUGAGGUUUGACAUGCCCGGUCUUUCCAAGGAAGAUGUUAAGGUAUCAGUGGAGGACGAUGUGCUUGUUAUCAAAGGUGGACAUAAGGAACAAGGUGGAGAAGAUUCUUGGUCAAGCAAGAGCUAUAGUUCCUAUGAUACCCGUCUCAAGCUUCCGGAUAACUGCCAGAAGGACAAGGUUAUGGCAGAGUUGAAGAAUGGUGUGCUUUACAUCACCAUUCCUAAGACCAAAGUUGAACGCAAGGUUAUUGAUGUGGAAAUUCAGUGAUACCCAUGCUUUGUACAGUGUCCUUUUGGAACUAUGCAUUUUUCCUUGUUUUUACUUCUAUAACAUGUACCCAUUAUAAGGUUAAAGAUGUAUUAAAUGUUGAAAAAAUAAAAUAAUUUGCAGCAGUAUAA